CGAAAAACUGGCAUAUCUUUUGUCAGCAACAAUGUAAGGCAUAAACCUCAAUACAUUAAAACUUUUUCGAUAGUGCCAUCCCUGGCAAAAACAAAUUCUCCAAACAUUUUUAAUACUGCCAAAAGGUUUAGGGGUACCGAAAAUUGGGAUGUAGCGGCUGAAGCAAAAUGGUCGAACAGGGAAUGCUACUUGCAUGGAAAAGUUUGACCUAUAUCAGGCUGUUGUAAUCAUUUCUUGCUAGUAAACAUUCAUUUGCGAUAAAAUUCGAUGGUGUUUUGAUUGUAGAUGCCCCAUGCAGAAACGCAUAACACUGAAAUUCUCUAUGCGUUUCUGCAUGGGCCUAAGGGAGACUACCAACAAGGAUAAAAAUUCAAAAAUGCUACUUGCAUGGAAAAGUUUGACCUAUAUCAGGUUGUUCCAAUCAUUUCUUGCUAGUAAACAUUCAUUUGCGAUGAGAUUCGAUAGUGUUUUGAUUUUAGAUGCCCCAUGCAGAAACGCAUAACACUGAAAUUCUCUAUGCGUUUCUGCAUGGGUCUAAGACAAACUACAAAAAUGAUAAAAAUUCAAAAAUGCUACUUUCAUGGAAGUGUUUGACCAAGAUCAAGCUCUCACAAUCGUUUCUUGUUAGUUAACAUGCUUUUACGAUGAUAUUCGAUGGUGUUUUGAUUGUAGAUGCCUCAGACUGAAACGCAUAGCACUAAAGUUCUCCAUGCGUUUCUGCCUAGGCUAAGCGGAUGGUAGUUGUUCAUCUUAUCAAUUGCUUGAUUGUAAUUUCGUCUUCUGAGUUUAUCGCGUGGCGAGGUUUUUAUAUUUAAGUAUUUGAUAUUUUGUUAAUAUAUAGAACUUCGAUUUGUUUUUGUAUUGUUUAUAUUGCAUGUUUGCAUUGUGUAUCCCACAGCUAGGCCCUCCAUGUCCGCCAUUACAACGCUGCAUUACAGGCACUGCAACCAGAAUUUUAUAUGAAUCUCUCUGGUUAUUACAAUUGGCCAUUUUCAAGCCAACAUUGGAAACAAAGUGGUAGAAAAGUGACAUUUGUUUAGCAGAAAUUGACGGAGAACCGCAUAUUAUACUACACAUUCUCUAGAAUUAUUGUCAUUUUGACACAUCUUAAGCUGUUUUUAGACCCAUAUUAUGCAAAACGCGAAUCUGGGGAUGAAUGUGGCGAUAGAAAAUACGCAUGCCUAGCCCUAGGCCUGCUUAAAACGUCAAGAAAAAAUUGGCAAGAAAAAGUUUUUUAUCGAGUGGAAAUUGAAAGGAAACUCGGAAAAUAACAUAUUUUUAUACUAAUCAUUGUCAUAUCGACACAUUUCGAGCAGUACAAGCAAGUUUUCGAAUAUGGGGAUGAAUGUGGUGCUGAAUGAUACCUGGUCCCUGCCUCUUAGGCUCUACAUAAUUUCAAAUUUUACCCAUCCCCUGCCAUUUCAAGAUAAUAUUUUCUGUCCACUACGACAGGUACCACAGCUACCUCCUAUUCCUCGUGAUAACCCUCCCCGUCCCCUCUGGGCUAUUUCGAGAGUGGUUUUGCCAAUUUUGUAUGUCGCAGACCGUUCUCUUCGUGAGAACGAGACAUUUUCAACAGGAUUACUUAUAAACAAGAUGGCGAACAGUGGAAAGGGUUCCGUUUCAAAAUUAGAUUACUUGAAAAAGUACUUGUCCAAAGAUAAAAAGUCAGCCAAGACAACGAAAAGAUUAAAGAAGUCAAAAGAUUCGAAGAAUCUCAAGAUAAUUGAUACUGAGGUGAAGUUUACUGAUACCAGAAAAACCAACGAUUCGUCCUGUGAUGAAUUUGAUUUAGAGGAGGAAAAGCCACAAAUCUACGUUGAAGGAAACACUCUUCUCUCAGAAUACAGCGAAAAAAAUCAUGCCGAUCAGCAGAAUAAAUGGGCGCCAGUAUCCGGGGAUGGUUUGAAGAAAAGUGACAAUUACGACAGAGCUGAAGAAAUUUCAACAGAUAGGCCUGUUCGCAAUUACGAGUAUGAAGACGAUUUCAUAGCAGAAAGAAGGAGACAUGACUCUCCAGACUUAUCACCAAGGAGACCCAGGCUGAAAAACAGCUCACCUGAUUUAUCGCCUAUGCGACACCAGCAUCGGAAAGGCUCUGUAGAUCUUUCACCGAGAAGAGUUAGAGUAAGUGGCAGACAUGACUCACCAGACAUACAACCAAAGAAGAAAAACGAUGACUCGAUCUCGCUAGAUCUUUCACCGCAGAGAAAAAGAAGUAGAAAACACUCGUCAUCUUCACUCAAGAAUGACAGUUCAUCUGAUCUAUCUCCCAAAAGACAAGAGUAUAGAUACAAAUCCUCAAAAGAAAUAGAACAACUAGAUUCAGCUUCAGAUCUGGCAGUUUCGCAAGAUCUUUCUCUAAGGAGAAAGAAUAAUCACUUGAGCUUGUUAAAGAAACACAGUCAUGCCGAAGUAAGGAGUCAAGAGCAAAGCAUUUCACCAGACUUAUCACCAAAAAGGAAUGAAGCGAUUGAUAAUUUAAAUGAUAAAAAAUUCAACAGGUUGAAGAACAGACAUGAAACAUCACCAGAAGUGGUUCUUCAAGGAAAGAAAGCUGGUUUACAAUCUGCCAAAUCAUUGCACGAAGAGAAUAUGCAGAGAAAAGCAUUAGAAGAUAAACAUUUUACAUCAAUGGAAAAGUCAGUGUCAGGAAAGGGGGCCACUACAAUAUAUAGGAGCAAAUCUGGAAAGAAAAUAGACUUAGAUGAGGAGAGAAGAAAGAAGGAUGAAAGGGAGAAACAGAAAGCAGUGGAGCAAGUCAAAUAUGAUGCAUGGAAGAAGGGUUUGAAGCAACAAGAAAAUUAUGAUAAAAAAUUGACAGAGGAUAUGUAUGAAAUGAGCAAGCCUUUGGCAAGAUAUCAAGAUGAUGAAGACCUUGAUGAGGCUUUGAAGUUACAAGAGAGAGAUGAGGACCCAAUGUUGGCUUUCAUUAGGAAAACAAAAAUUAAAUCAAAAGAGAAAAAGAAAGAAAAACCGCGCUAUAAAGGACCAAAUCCUCCUCCAAAUCGAUUUAAUUUGUGGCCUGGUUAUCGCUGGGAUGGGGUUGACAGAUCAAAUGGUUUUGAAAAAAAGAGAUUUGCCACAUUGUCAGAGCGUCAGUCACUGUCUAAUGAAGCCUACAAAUGGAGUGUGGAGGAUAUGUGAGAAUUGUUACUAUGAGGAUAUAUGUUUUGGUGACCCUCAUAUCUCGAUUUGUAGCAAGAUGUUUUGGCAAAACUCAGAAUUUACUAAAAGGUAAUACUUGGCAGUGUAUGGCAAAGGAAUAAACUAGAACAAAUGCCAAUUUCUUACACAAGGUACUUGAUAGAGGCAUACAGAUGUGAACUGGUUGGAGAAAAAACUCGCUGUGAUGCAAAAAAUGCUCCAAACUCCAAAAUGAUGCAAAAAUUGUGUACUUAAACUGAAAAAUUAGACAUAAUGUUUCAUCUAUGACAAUUGACCAUAUACAGUUUUAUUUGAAAUGAAAGCUCUAAAGAACUUAGCUAAACCCUUUUCAAGUGAUAGUUAGUUAUAGGAUGAUAAAACUUAUAACUCUUUGCGGUAGAAAGCAAACUUUAACCUCUUUGACACAUUUCUUUGGAAUGUUCUUUUUGUUAGCAGAACCUGCUGCUGGGAUAAUAGCCUCUUUUUCUGGUCAGAUCAGAAAGGUUCCUACUUGUCUUGAUGUAAAUAUAUUUUUACUAAUAUAUAUUUGAAAAGAUAAAUUUGUUUGGUUGGGGCCUUGUUAAAGCUUCAACACAGCCAAUAAGUUGUUGCAUUUUGAAAUAAUUGAUGAUAAGUUGAAAACAUACUGGCAGUAAUAAACCUAUAGACAUGAUUUGUAUUCCUUUGGAGUUAACAUGAAAUCCAGAGUCACUAAACAUGAACUUACUAUAAACUCCAGUUUAUUGAGAGGUGGCACACGGAAAUAAUGUUCAAUGUGAUGACAUUCACAACUUUUUUCAAAGAAUGUACCAAAUUCCUGACAGAAAAACAAAUCAAAUCCACAAAUCUCUUUUGGGUGGUAGGAAUGCAAUCUUUUUUUGAAUGGAAGAAAAUUAUCUCCUUACACUGUAAACAAUAUGUAGAUGGGCAGCAGUCUGUUACGUUUUAUGAUGGUUUUAUUCAAAACUAAAUGGGUUUCUAAUUUAAAAAUUUGUCCCUAGAAGCAGCUUACUAAAAUCAUGUUGGUAGAGGGCUUAAGCCUCAAGACCUUGUGGUAAUGUUUUAAAUUUGCAUCAAACUGUCCUGUUCAGUUCUAGGUAUUUAUUUGUGGUUACUGAAACAGAUUUCUAGAGGUAUAAGUUUGGCAAUACUGUUUGAAAAAUAAAUUUAUAAUAGACAGCCUACAGCUAUGACUUAAGAUAAAUUAAUCACUGAUCUUCUCCAAGAAAUAGUAUAACAGUUUUUCGAAAAAAAAUUAAAUCAAUUGCCCAUAUCAAUGAACAUUUGAAGGGUAGUUUUCAUCAACAUAUUUCAACUUAUUUCAUCACAAUUCACAGUCUACGAUCAAUUAAGACUAUUUCUGUUAUAUGGAAACCGAACAAAUUUUAUGAAAACCACCUAGCGUAAAAAAUCCUAAUAGAAUAUAAUUUGAUGUAAUUCAUCGGAAGAAACCAAAAAAAUUUGUUAAGAUGAAAUAUGUUGUUGGUUUUCAUAUACAAUGAAAAUUGUGGACCCUAAAUUGCGAUGAAAUGUAUCAAACGAAAUUGCUAGAGCGGAAACUCCAAAAACGUUUUUUUUCUUUAUUUAAAGUUGGUACAGUUUCUAGCUAUGCAUACAAGCUAAUUAAAACCAACUA